AUGUCCUCAGGCGACGUCACCUGUGGACAUUUCUCAGACUUCACUCAGCUGCCUCUGCAGACACUGAAGCCCUCAAACGACCAGGAAACCCUGAUGUGUAAAGUCAGAGUCCCUGAAGGUGGAUGUUCUGCGUCUCAGCUUGUCACAGAAACUGAAUGUUCUGAUGAAUGUUGUAACAGAGAGCAGCUCAGUGAGGGUCUGAAACAUGAGGGUCUGAAGCGUGAGGGUCUGAAGCGUGAAGGUCUGAGGCGUGAGGGUCUGAGGCGUGAGGGUCUGAGGCGUGAGGGUCUGAAACAUGAGGGUCUGAGGCGUGAGGGUCUGAAGCGUGAGGAUCUGAAGCGUGAGGGUCUGAGGCGUGAGGGUCUGAAGCGUGAGGGUCUGAAACAUGAGGGUCUGAGGCGUGAGGGUCUGAGGCGUGAGGGUCUGAGGCGUGAGGGUCUGAAGCGUGAGGGUCUGAAACAUGAGGGUCUGAAACAUGAGGGUCUGAGGCGUGAGGGUCUGAGGCGUGAGGGUCUGAAGCGUGAGGAUCUGAAGCGUGAGGGUCUGAGGCGUGAGGGUCUGAAGCGUGAGGGUCUGAGGCGUGAGGGUCUGAGGCGUGAGGGUCUGAGGCGUGAGGGUCUGAGGCGUGAGGGUCUGAGGCGUGAGGGUCUGAAACAUGAGGGUCUGAGGCGUGAGGGUCUGAGGCGUGAGGGUCUGAAGCGUGAGGGUCUGAGGCGUGAGGGUCUGAAGCGUGAGGGUCUGAAACAUGAGGGUCUGAGACGUGAGGGUCUGAGGCGUGAGGGUCUGAGGCGUGAGGGUCUGAGACGUGAGGGUCUGAGGCGUGAGGGUCUGAAACAUGAGGGUCUGAGACGUGAGGGUGCAAACAGCUGACUGUUAAGUACAAUGCAAUAAUCCCAGUUCACCUGUUUUCUGCAGAACAGACGUCAGAUCAGUUCCUGCCUGUGUUCAUGUUGGAGGCGGCAGCGUCACGUUCAGAUGAACCCGUUUUUUUCUCUCGUGCUUGGUGAUGUGUGACGUUUCAGUGUCGACGCUCUGAGCGUGUUGUCAGCUGAUCUCUAACAUCUUUAAACCAUGACAAUAAACUGUUCCCUUUGUUUUUUUUUUUUA